UCCUCUUCUGCUUCCACUCUUCAUCAUUCAACCUUCUCAUCAUCUAUUUGCCGCUUAUCGUUCGAACCUCGAAGUCUGCUCAGCUGGAGCAACCCUACUUUCUCCUCACGCGUGACCACCAUCCACCGCUGGCACCAUGAGUUCUCCGAAGCGUCGCGUCGAUACAGACGUGAUGAAACUCUUGAUGUCGGACUACCAAGUGACGCUGGUCAACAACAAGAUGUCCGAGUUCUUCGUCAAGUUCUACGGUCCUCCGGAAACCCCAUUCGCCAAGGGGGUAUGGAAGAUCCACGUGGAACUGCCGGAACAAUUCCCCUACAAGUCCCCAAGCAUAGGUUUCAUCAACAAGAUCUUCCACCCCAACAUCGACGAGCUGAGCGGGAGCGUGUGCUUGGACGUCAUCAAUCAGACCUGGUCACCCAUGUUUGAACUCAUCAAUAUCUUCGAGAUCUUCCUUCCCCAGCUACUUCGCUAUCCUAAUCCUGCCGACCCUCUCAACGGUGAGGCUGCAGCCUUGCUGAUGCGAGAUCCAGCUGCGUAUGCCAAGAAAGUUGAAUCCUACGUGGCACGUUUUGCCACUCCCGAAGACGCCGACCAGGCGGGCGACACAGACGAGAUGGACGGUGACGACGAGGAGAUGAACGGCAAGCUCAAGUCCAAGUCAAAAACGGUCAACGGCCAGAACGGUCACCUUAAUGGUACUUCUGCCGACACCAACGGUCACGCGAAAGACCACAACCCAGAGGAGGACGAAGACGAAGAUGACAAGAUGAGUGACAUGGGUGAGCUCAGUGAUGGUGAUGAGUUCAUGGGAGAAAUGGAUGACUGAGAGUGGAAAAUUGGGAGAUACAGAGCAUAAAUCAGCAUCGGGAGGCAUCUGCCGGUCAAGAACUUGGGGUUUCCACUGUUUCCAUCACAUCUUUCCAGUCUCCAUCAAUCUCAUGCCUCAUGUCUGCCUCAUAUCUGACUCGGGCCUCACUACUCCUUUCUUCCCUCUGAUCCAUCAUUACCAUAGCCGUUGUCUUUGUUGUAUGGAAGCAUUUACAG